AUGGACUCACCACUUACAUGCCUGAUAGUGGGCGAAACACCUGCCACUCAGUUCCUGGCCUGGAGACUCAGCUUAUCGAACGCUUUCAUCAUUUUGGUCUCCAGUACCACCUCCAGCGAUGGAAUAGUGUCGUGGAAAUCGUCAAAACUGGGCUCCAGUUUUUAUAGACCCAACGUUUUCGCCAAAGAGCUGCAAGACCUCGAGCCCCAGCUGGUCGACUCGGAAAAGAAUCGCAAAUACAAGAUCGAUGCAAUCAUUGUGUCGUGCUUGUCGUUGCCGUCGCUGGAUCGAUGUUGUCAGGUUUUGUCAAAUUACAGCGACAAAGAUACAGUUGUGUUGAUGAAUGCCAACUUCGCGGUGGAACUGGAGAAUAUGGCCAUUGAUCGGUUCGCAGAUUGUAGUUGUGGUGUGGUUUCAAUCUUAUGCGACGUGGAAGCCCGUCAACUUUCAUCGGGAUCGUAUGCUUUGGUAAAUGACAACUGCUGUUUCUACGUGGGUCUCACCAACAUGAGUUCCACGAAAAGACAAACUAUGCUCAACAAUGUCAGUAAACGGAACACUAUACUCGAGAACGUGGAUAAAAUCAGGCAUAUCAUGUUGGACCGAAACUCGAUUUUGAAUACCGUGCUGGCGCAGAUUCAACAUACUCAAGUCGAGGAAAUCAUUAUUAUCGAUCCAGAUCGGUCCCACAACAUGGCGUUGAAAGUUUGGGAACACAUCAUCCCGCGGAUUUCCAUGAAUAUCGUUUGCAUCGUUUUUGAACAGUUUGACCACGACAAGCUAUUGGCCAAUUCGUCUUCAAGACUCAUUUUCGAAGACCUGGUCAAGGAACUUAUGCAAAUCUGCUAUUUGCAAUGUGGAAAAGCGGUAGCGCGAUUCUUGAAGCCAGAAGGUUUCGAUGCUCGCAACGGUGUUGAGAAACUGGUCUCCAGCAUCGACUUCCAAAAAGUCGUCCAAGACACCAAAGAUCGCAAACGUCAAAUGGAUAUGUUCACUAUCAAUGAGUAUCCGGAGUUUCUGACACUCUCAUUCGAGGCAUACUGUUUCCACCAUCGUCUGGAGUACCCAGCGCAUGUGCUUCUUCAGCAACCCAUGCGUUUGGCUAACGAAUUUGGCAUCAAUUACUCCAGUCUGAAUUUCCUGUUUGGCUUCUAUUCCAGGUUGCUGUCUAUAUGCGGGUACAGUAUCGAAGGCGGUCCCAAUGAACUAGGCCGAUCUUCUUUGAUUUUGAGCAUAAGAGAUCAACUCUUCAGCCAUAGCGAGUCGCCAGUGGUCUUCAAAGACGUCAAAAAAUCGCCGUCACGGAAAUGGAAAACCGGUCUGCGGUCCAAGCUCAAACGCAAGUCUAAACCGGAACAUGCUGGAGAUGACCUCAUAUCCUCGAGCAGAUCUGUCGUCAUGCAAGGGUCGAACGAUUCGAGUAUCGAGAUUUGUGAAAUCGAAGCUUCAGAUGCCACCUCUAGAAACCGAGGUUUCCAAUUCUUCGGCAGCGAAGACGCAGCGGACGAAUCGGGCGCCGAAGACAACUGUGAUACCACUUCAGCGGUGGACGAACUAAUCCAGCUCCCGAAAUUUCGAGGUAGAGACGAAAUCGAUGCCGACGCCAUGUUUGAGCAGGAGUUGCGAGCCAAUCCGCUGACUAUGUCGUCGAGAUACUAUUUCGAUGCGUACGGACUGGCGGACCGCAGGUCCCUUGAUGAAAAACGUUUGCGUCCGCAGCAUUGGAACAGCUCGAAAUUUUGGAAGUUGCAACGAAAGUAUUUGAUCGAGACAGGACAACGGUCUCAGCCGGCCACAAUUGCAGGAUCGGCUACUAUGCCUGAUCGGUUUUUAUGGGAGCACUUGAAUUUACUAAGACGAGUCAACAUGGGUGGUAUAUUGAGCGUUACAACGAGUAGGUAUGGACAUGUGGACUCUUCGCAACGGCUUUUCGACGAUUGGAGUCGAGGUGUUGGCCCGUUAACUAAGUUUGGUGGAGACUUGUAUGCAAGACGACACCUGUCAAACAAGGUAGCGCCGGAGGAUGUGGACUGA